AAGUUGCUUUUCCAAUAGUUUGAAUGUAAAACUCUCAUAAGUAACCCAACAUUUAGAUGUGUCAAUAUCAUCAGCAAUGCCAUUAACGACAAAAAUGUGACAUUUUAUUUCGAAAUUUGUGUCAAUUUCCUGGAACUGUCCACCCUAUCUGGUCUUUCUUUAAUGAGAACUUUUACUGUAAAAAUUUCAGUGGUUAGAAUAAGCUUCUAAAACCAUGCCCAGAUGACAUCAUGGGGGAUAGUAAAAUAAAAACCAACAAACAUCGCAGCAAAAAGUGUUCACAUUUUUUUUUAACGAUACUUUUGUUCAAGUUAGCAAAAGUCCAUUGUUAGAUAGUCUUGUCCAGCACAUCACCACAUGCCAGCAGAGCGCCAAAAACACUCUUCUAUCUCCAUCACCUCUGCCCUCUUUUCUAUAAUACAUACCUAUUUCUGUUUUGUCGUAAAAAUCCCCCUCUCUCUCACCCACACAAACAUUCACAGAUACAACAAAAAAAAAAAAUUAAAAAAAGAUAAAAUUAACUUUUUUGACAAAAGAACGUCAGCUUUUCAGUUUUUCAUCAUCAUCAUCAACAUCAUCCACAAAAACCAAAUGCAUGUGUGAUGCCUCUGCUUCCUUCACUUCCACCUCCACCCACUUACAAAACAAAAUAUAAAAUAAAAUACAAAUUCCUCAAACAAUUUGGACGAACUGUGCCAUGCCGAUGCCGACGCUGCUAGCCGAUACCGCACCGUUGAGAAUUUUGUACCGAGACCGACAAGCUUUUGUAAAUUAGUUGGCUUUUUGUCCGUUUUCGUUUAUAUUCGAUGAUGAUGAGUUUGAGUAUGUGUAAUAAAGAUGUGUGAGUUAGUAAUAGAAUGACGAUUUAACUGAAGCCUUGAAAAUGAAGAAUACAAAGAAUUUGUUUUGUAGUACUUCUAAGCUUAUAACCAUUCUCUCUAUUGAAGAUUGACAAAGAUAUCCAUCAAACAAUUAAUAUUAUCUCUAUAGGUUUGGCUCAUCGCGGUAACUAACAUCCAUCUACAUCUUUUUAGAUAUGCACAUUUGAAUUAGCAAACGAAGCGGCACCUUUUGGUUUUAUAUUGAAUUUUCUAUGACGUGCAGUUAAUUAUGAUAACUGAACUAUCCCAAGUCUUCCUUUGAAACAAGAACAAAAACAAAAAAAAUUAAAAAUAAAAUCCAAGACUGUCCUCAACGACCAUGGAUGUCCCAUCGAUGGUCCAGCGUUCAGGUGAUACAUUAAUAGUCCGCAGUGUUGUUAGCGGCAAUCAAAUAUAUCUGGACCAAGAAACUGGCAAUGUGGUAAAUAAUCCACCGCCAGCGUCGUUAUUUGCUGCUGCAGCAAAUCAACGACAACAACAACAAAAUCAGCAACAACAACAGCUACAACAACAACAACAACAACUACCACCACAACAACAACAACACAACAUUCAGGAAAACGAUGUUCAAAAUAACGCUGAACACCUUAAAGACGAAGGUCUACCGCAAUGUAAAAUCAAACGGAACUAUUCCUGCAGUUAUUGCACCUAUUUCACCCAAAAUCCCCGAUAUCACCUCACACAUUUGCGCGAUGUCCAUGGCGAGAAAAUUGUCAUUAACAAAUGCAAGCUGUGCUUGUACGCUUCGCGACACUAUCAAAAGCUCGUCAGACACAUGAAAAUGGUUCAUGGUUCGACCGAAGGUAUUGCCGGCAAUCAUGGUCAAUCGAGAAAGAGAAAUGUCAAUCGGGAUGCUGCCGGCAAGCGGAAGAGCGAUGAAGUUGCGAGAGCCAGAGCUGACAGAAUAACCCAGCGAAUGCUGGAAUAUGAAAUAAAAUGCGCUGUCAAACAGAAUAUGGUGAUUGCCGAGGAAGAGCGCAAACGCAAAGUUGAACAAGAGAUGCAAAAUCUCUCCACCCAACAACCGGAUCCCCAACAGAUCUUUCAAUUUUCAAUGCCAAUUCCCAAAACAGAAUCCCCUACGGCUGACGAAGUGCCUGUGCACCGCCUUCUAAAGUGCAGUCUCUGUGAUUUCACAACUCUCUACCGAGCACAGUUGGUCGAUCACGAGCAGGAAGAGCAUUGCCGGACAAAGUUCUUCCGCUGUGACAAAUGCACUUAUGUCACGCAUAUCAAAGCACGAUUCAGCAAACACGUGAAAUACCACUCCAUGCCGAUGAUCAAGUGCGUAACGUGUGACUUCCGAACGCCAUACAAAUGGAACCUGGAUCGCCACAUGAAAAACCACGGCGGGGCUGGACCGUUCAAAUGUGCGGCUUGUGAUUUCACAGCCGAUAUCAAACAAAGUUUAACCGUUCACGAGAUGAACCACCACGUGCCGCCAGUCGGUCAUGCCGCCGGCAUGAGCUUAGCUCGCCGCCGGAACAAAGUCGGUGGAACAGACAUCUCCGACGAUUAUCUCAGUGAUCCCGGUGAUCCUGACGAUCAAUUCAACAAUAACAACAACAACAUCGAUGACUUCGAUGAAAGCUACGCCAAAAAGUGCAAAUACGAAAUGCCCGACGAUGAUGACGACGACGAAGAACAACCAACCGAUUUAUCACAAAAAGGUGGCGGUUCCGAUGCCGGCAGUCAACAUAAUCAAAAAAAAUUAGUCCGACCAGUGCCAAAUCUUAUACCAAUUCAAUCGGCCAAUAAUGCACUUAAUCUCUCCAAAGACUUGGCUUCUUCGAGAAAUUCCCUAAAAGACAUUGCUGCAUUGUAUUUUGCUGAAAAUCAAAUUCCCGAAAUUAUAAUGCAAAUGGAUAAAGCCGAUGCGGCACAAUUAUCCCCAUCGUCGAAUCAUUCGACAGCUAGUAAAAGAAAAGCAACUAGUUCGUCAUUUUUUGACGAGCUGAAAAAAUCCUUCGAAGAUGAAUCCGCCCGUAAUGAGAAUCUCUCGUGCAAUUGUGGCCACAUCUCAAAGUGCCUCUCCGAAUCCAUCAUUCAUAAGAAAUCGUGCAGUUUCUCGGAUGAGGAUAAACAUUCCACUAGCAUAUCACCGAUUAAUCUAACAGUGAAUUGUAAUGGUUCGUUGCGAUGUCAACAUUGUCGCCAUCGAUGCAAAUCGAGUGCGGAUCUAUUGAAUCAUUUGAAGAAUUGCUCAGAUGCUGGUCGUUGUCAAAAUGACUCCUUCGAUUCGAUGUCAACAUCGGGCGGGAGUAGUGGCGGCGGUGGUCGACAUCAGGAGCACGAUGACGAUGGUGCUGGUUCGGAGGAUAUGAGCAAGCAUCCGAUGGAAAAUCGUGUGUUUGUUUGGAAUAAGAUGCCAGAAAUGGGUGGAAAUGGUGGGGGUGGCAAUGGUGGUGGUGGAGCAGAUGGUGCUAAUGGAAGUGGCAGCAGCAAAAGCGAUGUCAAUGAUAAUUUAGAUGUUAAGAAUGUGAUGUUGAUGGGUGGUGGUGGUAGCGUCGGCGGUGGUGGUGGUGGAAUUAGUGGCGGUGGUGGAGGUAGUGGUUCUGGUGGAAGCACUAGUGGCGGCAAAAACGAGGACAACAGCUAUUAUGGCGUUGAAACGGCGCCAGGUUAUGGUGAGGUAACCAAAAAGAUGACACCCGAAGAAGAAGCUGCCAAUUCAUCCCUGAAAAAAGUCUACAAAUGUCCACAUUGUUCAUUUUGGGCAUCGACAGCAUCACGCUUCCACGUUCACAUUGUUGGACACUUAAAUAAAAAACCCUUUGAAUGUUCUCUGUGUGCCUAUCGUUCCAAUUGGCGUUGGGACAUUACCAAACACAUUCGACUAAAGACUAUUCGUGAUCCAAGUCAUAAAAAUGCUCGGGUGCUAAUGAAUGAUGAAACGGGCCGACGCAAUUAUACAAAGUACAAUAAAUAUAUAACUUUGAUGAAAGUUACCGAUGAAGAUGGUGAUCCGAAAUUGAUGAAGUCGGGUGAAAUGACACCGAAUCAAGUUGCUUCGUUGGCUUUUCUAAAUGAUUUCAAUAAAGCUGCCUCUGAAUCAGGGGUAAUGGUAAAUGGGGUAAAGAGUAAUCAUUCACAAGAUGGUAAUUCACCAACGAGAGAUCAUCAACAACAACAACAACAUAAAAAUGACAGUUCACCGGAUUCGGUUGUCGAUACAAAUGGUUUUAUGCGUUUGCCUUAUUUAGCGUCAGCAAUGAUGAAUGCAGCCAUUGCGCAGCAAAAGGAACAACAGGAACAAGAUGUUAUUCCAACAGCUUCGAUGGUUAAACGUAGUCCACCACCGUUAAUUAAGCCCAGUGACGAUCUAAUAACAGAUGUCAAAACGGAAGGAUUUGUCAAGAAAACUUUCUACAAAUGUCGGAAAUGUCAGUUUAGACAUGACAACCGAGAUGCAGUGUUAGCUCAUGUUAAAGUCCAUUAUCAGGAACCCCUGAUGUGCUUCCCCUCUCCAUCCAAAUCCAAUCACAGUACACCCCUUCAAGUAGCUGUUAACCCAACGAACCUUUACAUGAAUAAGGUUCUGGCAGCCGCUAUGUGCCUUUCACAGAAACAACUGCUUCAAGAGCAACAACAGAAGUCUCCAAACAGCAGCAGCAGUCAUAGCAAUAAUCAACAUUCCAUUCUAUCACCAGGUGGUGCUGCUAGUCUCCAUCAUACAAUCUCUCCAAAGGCUUUGGCUGCUAUACAAGCCGCAGGUACCACCAUCGAGCAUGGUGACAUGAUCGAUGAGGCAAGUUCUUCUAAUCCUGUUAUUGGUGGUGGUGAUGGUAUAACAACAACACCAAUGCAUCCAGCGGCGGUUAUGGUGGCUAACAAUCCAACGGUUGUAUGUAGUUCAACUACAUCGACUGUUGGCGGUAGUAUUACGCCAUCAAAUAAUAAUAUUCCUCUUCUUAAUGCAACUACUACUACUACUAUAAGUACUCCAACUACUUUAACUACUUCAACGGGUGGUACUACUUCAUCAUUCAUUGGUAGUGAUAAUGCUCGUAAUAAUUCGAAUACGGUGGUAAUGGGUGUAACACCAAGUUCUAACUUUAGUAACGAUAGCAACGAAAGGCGAGAACCAUCACCCUUUCGUUGUGGUCAUUGCCAUCAAGUAUCAAAUUGGAAGCAUGUCAUUCAGCGUCACUGUCGCUUAAAACACUCUGGCGACAUUCGCAUCGAAUCCCUUGAUCGCAAUUGCGAUGCCCCAGUUUAUCGUCCACUUGGUCUUGGUGGCAAUGGACAAUCAUGUCAUGUCCUUGGUCCAUCAGCAGACAAUUAUAUUCUUGGAGCAAUGAAAGCAAAUCAUCUACAAAAUCAGCAAGCACAUAAUAACAAUAAUAAUAAUAAUGUACUUAGCAAAGAUGAUCAAUAUCCCCAAUCUGAUUCACCAGCUUAUUCAGAUCAACAACAACAACAACAACAAAAAUACAGACCUGAUAUUCCAUUAAAUCGCAUUGAAAUCACACGAAUACCUUUAGAAGGUAAUCCAUCAGCAGCUUAUAUCAAUCAAUCUUCUUCAGCAUCAUCAAAUAAAUGCAAACAACAAAAGUGUCCUUCAUGUCCAUACAUUUCGGAAAGUAAAUCCCAAAUGAACUAUCACAUAUCCCUGCAUAAACCAACACAAUACGAAUGUAAUUUAUGUUCGUACAUUUGCACAAAGAAACAACAUUUAAGUAAUCAUGUCAAGGCGAUGCAUGAAAGUGGUGGUCUUUUCAUUCAGGAUGCUCCAGCUGCUAUUGAUCUUCGAUCGAAGCAUUCAAAUUGCAGUGAUGAUGAAGAAAUUAUGGUCUCGUCGAAGCUUAUUUCGUACUGUCCGAAAUGUCCGAAGAGAUUCGUGAAUAGCACGAAUGAUUUGAUGCAACAUUUAAGAGCACACGGUGCUACUUUUGACUUUAAAUGUGAAGCUUGUGAUUAUUCGACAAAACAGGAGAAUAUCCUUCUUUCCCAUUCGUUUGUCCACACAAGUACGUAUCAGGAGAAGACAGAACAAAUUGCCGCAAGUGCUAAGGAGGAUCCCGAAUAUCCAGCUAGAAAAAUGCAACAGCUGAAUUUGCCCAAAACUGGUGCAACCGUUUGGGUAGUUGCUGAUGUCAAAGAAGAGACUUCAUCGUCCUUUGGCGAUGGCGAUGGUGGUUCGUUGCUGAAAAAGCAACUAGAAACUGGCUCAAUUAAAGAAUCAGUCUCGCAUGCUACUUCAACAUCUCCCAGUUCGAGUUUGGUAAGUGAAACUGGUGAACCGGAGAAAUGUUCCCAUUGUCCGUUCCAGACCACCUGCAAUGAUACAUUCAAACGCCAUUUGCAAUAUCACAUUUGUGUGUCUAAUCAACCUGAAAAGUACACCUGCGAACAUUGUGACUUUAGCAUUUGCACAGAGGCCGCUUUGGACGAGCACACGCGUAUUCAUUUCGAGGCGAUUGGAAGUCGAAAAUCGGUGAACUUUUUCACGUCUUUGGACAAUCUUGAAUUGAUUGUUACAAACGAUGAUGAUUCUAGGAAGGGUACACCACCGAAGCCAAUAAAUUUCAACUGUGAUUUCAAGAACCCACAAAAUUCUGACACUAAACCGGAUAAGGAUAAUGUUGCAUCGAACCUGCGUCGUAGCAGUCGUUCGAGUGUGCAUAAUGGAGAAGAUAAAAUAACAUCGCAACAACAACAAACACCACCAUUACCACCACCGUUACCGCCAAGCCAUAAAACUAUAUUAGUGAAUCCCAAAACUGGUCAGGUCAUCAGGAGGAAUUAAUUUUUUUUUUUUCAUAAUUUUUAUUUUGUUUAAGUUUUUUUUUAAUUUUUAAAUUUAACAAAAAUUGUUUUUUGUUUUUAAGUUAAAUUUUAAAAAUAAUUAAUGAAUACAGAUGAGGUGUUGAGGUAAACUCAAAGCCUGGUGAU